ACACUUGGCACACAGAUUCCCAAUAGUUCAACGUCAAAUUCAAACUCGUUUAACCUCAAUAUUCUAGUUUUGCUUUGCUGCGGGGAAAUUGUAAAAGAAAAUCCUGCCAAAAUGGAUAAACAGAUGCUGAAAAACAUCGCCGAAGCCCUCAACGUGUACGAAGACUCUGUUCUAAGAAAAACCGAAGAGCUGCUGCGCCUGCUUCAGGCAAAAUCCUCCAUCAAGUCCCUGAACAAUCAAGCAAAAUCAGUAUUAUGCCUCGACUUGGCUUCCCAGUGCUUAGGCGUGAGCUUUGAGAAGGACGCCGCCCUAGCGUUGAGCGGCCUCAAAAAGUCAGCCUACCAAAAGAGCUUGAACACCCUUGAGCAAAUCCUAGGCCUCAACAAGGUGUUGACGGUAUCAGAGGCCUGUGUUCAGUUGAGCUGCACAGCAGUCAAAGACGACGCUGAAGACAUCCUGAGCGCCUAUAAGCAACAACGGGACGGUCUGGAGGAUUGGGAACAUCCGCAGUAUGCUGCAGCCGCAGUGUUUUUGGCCUCCAGGGCCAAAAAGCUAUCAAUUGACAAACAAAAAAUUGUGGCCAUGAGCAGGAUUAAACCUUCUCAAUGGAAGGAGUUGCUCAGUAGUUUUAAGAACUUGGAGAUAAGUAACGGCAGGCAGUUGGGGAAAGGUCUAGAAGCGGAAAUCGUGAGCGAAAUGGGCGAAUGCGAGCCGGUUAAAGAGGUGGCGCCGGAUGAGGUGGAAGAGUAUGCGGUUUGGAGGCAGAGGAUAUUGAAGGAGGCCUAUGAGGCCUUGGCAGGACGGCAAAGUGUUCACUCGGAUGCUGCUUGAUUACAUUCGUUUUGCGCAGUAUGUAUUACACGUUCUUUAGUCCAAAAAAACCUCUCUUUAGGCAUUAA